UUUAAAAUGAAGAUGCUUUGAAUCCUAACGGCUGAGCGAUCGGGAGGACACCGCUCGCUUGGGUUUGAGUCCCGGGUGUGUAAGUGAAUACUCCCGAAGGGCAGCUGUGGCUAGCGGGAAUCAUGGACAAAUUUAAAGAAAACUGUGUCUCAGGGCCUGUUAAGAGUACAUUUCCACUUGGUGAUGGUCCAAAACGUGUUCCAGUGGCUCAACAUUUUCCUUCUCAGAAUCCAUUAUCUGCAAGCAGUGGCCAAGCUCAGCGGAUCUUGUGUCCUUCAAAUUCCUCCCAGCGCAUUCCUUCACAAUCACAAAAGCUUGUCUCCAGCAAUAAACCGGUACAGAAUCUGAAGCAAAAGCAAUUGCAGGCAACCAAUGUACCUGGUACUGUCUCUAGGCCUAUAAAAAAUAACCCAAAGAGCGAGCAACCCCCGCCAUCAGCACCUGGAAAUAACCCUGAAAAGGAAUUGGCAUCCAAGCAGAAAAAUGAAGAAUCAAAAAAAAGGCAAUGGGCUUUAGAAGAUUUUGAAAUUGGCCGCCCACUGGGUAAAGGAAAGUUUGGUAAUGUUUAUUUGGCAAGAGAAAAACAAAGCAAGUUUAUCUUGGCUCUUAAGGUGUUAUUUAAAGCUCAACUGGAAAAAGCAGGAGUUGAACAUCAGCUGAGAAGAGAAGUUGAAAUACAGUCCCACCUUAGGCAUCCAAAUAUUCUCAGACUGUAUGGUUAUUUUCAUGAUGCUACUAGAGUUUACCUAAUUCUAGAAUAUGCACCUCUUGGAGCCGUUUAUAGAGAACUCCAGAAACAGUCCAAAUUUGAUGAACAGAGAACUGCAACUUAUAUCACAGAAUUGGCAGAUGCCCUGUCUUAUUGUCAUUCAAAGAGAGUUAUUCAUAGAGACAUUAAGCCAGAGAACCUGCUCCUUGGGUCAGCUGGAGAACUUAAGAUUGCAGAUUUUGGGUGGUCCGUACAUGCCCCAUCUUCCAGGAGAACCACUCUUUGUGGCACACUGGACUACUUGCCCCCUGAGAUGAUUGAAGGCCGAAUGCAUGAUGAAAAGGUGGAUCUCUGGAGCCUUGGGGUUCUUUGCUAUGAAUUUUUAGUUGGGAAGCCUCCUUUUGAGGCAAGCACAUACCAGGAGACCUACAAAAGAAUAUCACGGGUUGAAUUCACAUUUCCUGAUUUUGUAACAGAGGGAGCCAGAGACCUUAUUUCAAGACUGUUGAAGCAUAAUCCCAGCCAAAGGCCAACUCUAAAAGAAGUACUUGAACACCCUUGGAUCACAGCAAAUUCAUCAAAACCACCAAACAGCCAAAAAAAUAAAGAACUAACUAGCAAAGAAUCAACUGGGAAAGAAUCUUAAGACUCUUGCAGGGAUAAAACUCUUGAGCCAUGUCUAUGUAAUUUGUCAGGAAUAGGCUGCUGAAAUUCAUCUUACUUUGACUGCCUGCAGUCUAGAAUGUUCCAGAAAUGAUUUCUUUUUUUCCUUUUUCCCAAAUGGAGCUGGCAGUACUUUGUCCUCCCCAUUCCGGAUUUCCACUUCAAGUUUAACACUCUAAAGUGAAAGAAGCCAUAAGAAGCAUGCCGACUUUACUGGUUUUCAUAAUCCAGAGACAAGGUUUAGUCACCCUAUAGCCUGUUUUACCUACGGCAUCCUUCUGGAAGGCAAACUGACUGUGGGACAAUUAGCCACUUUACCCGGACUUGAUCAGUUAGAGCUGUGCAAUAACCUUCCAAAUAGCUAAGUAUGCGUGUAACUUAUUGGGUGACCAAGCCUAGUAAAGCUGUCAGAAUGAAUAUGUGGUUCUUCCUUUUAAAUGUUAAAAUAAAGUUUUGCAUUUUCUGUU